AUCACCAGCAAUGAAUGCGAGCUCCAGAACCAAACCUGCAAUCGAUUUGAACAAGGUUCCUCCGAUCGAUCAUCACCGUACAGCAGUAACAUUCAACUGUCUCAUCAUGAAAAUGACAGAAAUGCUCAAUAAUUUCGGAAAUAAAAUGGAAGACAUUUUGGAAAAGGCAGAGCAGAGUUUAGACACUGCCGAUCGAAAGUUACGCUUGAUGGAAUCGAAAUUGGCAGGAAUGAGUUUGGAGGAUAAAUCAACCACCGCCACACCAUCAUCAGCACCAGAAAUAGACGAAAUUCACGAAUCGAAUCCCAGCUCUUCACAAAUCGUGGAGGAAACAGUGGAAGAGAAACCAGAAGAACAUACUACGACGGUUCUUAUCAAAGACGACCCGGCUUAUAGUAAAUAUUUCAAAAUGCUGAAAUUGGGAGUGCUUGAAGCUGGUGUAAUACAGAAAAUGAAAUCCGAAGGCGUCGACCCAUCAAUUUUGAAACGCGGUGAUGAACCAUCUCGUCCACAGGCACAGACUUCACGGAAUUAUGAAUCUUCUGGAGAAUCUACGGCAUCCUUCUCUGACUCUGAUUAAUUUAUUUUUUGUAUAUUUUUACGGGUUCAUAAAAUGUAUAAAACAUU